UAUAUUAAUAAGUUGAUGUUGAUAAAUUCCAACCAAACACGAGGUUGGAGUUUGGACAGAAACAUAAAAUCAAACUCUCUGUUUGACAAAAGGCAAAAGUCUAUAGUGACAGAUUUUGUCAGUCACCUACACUCAAAUCAAACCCCAUCACAAAAAAAUUCUUUGUUGACCACACAACCUCCUCUUUAAACACCCAAAAUCUCUCUCCUUUUCUGUCCUCCUUCUAAAGAGAAGAGAGAGAGAGAGAUGGCGGUGGAGCUACUGGCCGGGAAUUACAUCGCCGGUACCGGAGCCGAGAGCUUCGCCGUCCAGGAAGCGGCGGCGUCUGGCCUCAGGAGCAUCGAGAAGCUGAUCCGUCUCAUGUCGCCGGAGAGUAUCGAUUCCAAUCAACCCUCCUCUUCUUCUGAUCUCGACGCCGCCUGCAAAACGACAGCCGAUGCCGCCGUUUCCAAUUUCAAGAGAGUCAUCUCUCUCCUGGGUCGGACCCGAACUGGUCACGCCCGUUUCAGACGCUCCCCAGUUCAAAAACCGGAGUCCGAAACGGCGCUGUUUCACGCUCCGCCGCCGCCGGAGAUCUUGUCGGAGUCGCUCUACGAAAGGAAAGGUUCGUUUUUGUCGGCCAAAACGAUCGAUUUCUCUUCUCUGUCCUCAGUGACAACUGAAUCGGAUCACAAACAACCUCGUCCCUCCGAAACGGCUCCGUUUAGGAUUCAAAGCUCGUCUUCCUCGUUCAAGCCUCUGUUUUCAUCGGCCUCUACGAAGAGGAAAUGCAGCUCCGAGAAUCUUGUCGCCGGAAAAUGCGCUUCCGCUUCCUCCGGCAGCUGCCAUUGCUCCAAGAAGAGAAAGUUGAAACAGAAGAGAGUGGUUAGGGUUCCGGCAAUCAGCGCGAAGAUGUCCGACAUUCCACCGGACGAUUACUCCUGGAGAAAAUACGGACAAAAGCCCAUCAAAGGAUCUCCGCAUCCGAGAGGAUACUACAAGUGCAGUAGCGUACGAGGCUGUCCGGCGCGUAAGCACGUGGAGAGAGCCGCGGACGAUCCAUCGAUGCUCAUCGUAACCUACGAAGGAGAUCACAGCCAUUCUCUCCCCGCCGCGGAAGCCGCCGGGGCCGCCGUAGCUGAUAUCAUAUUGGAAUCUUCGUGAAAAAUCUAUGGCUUGUAUGAAUCGAUGAAUAGAUAGAUCCUAGUGAUUUACUCAAACCGACCAAGUACGAACAAACUCAAGCAUCUUCCGUAAGUAAAUUUCUAAACUUUAGAUCACAAAGAGGGUGCUUCUUCUGCUGUUUAUCUCAAAAUGUGUUUAAAAAAAAGGCAAGUCUGAAAACGUUGUCUCCUUUGUUCUUGUUACGUAGUGUUGUGUUUUGAUGAUGAAUCCAGGAGCCACUUUCAUGCAGAAUUUUUCGUUA